AUGGCGAGCCAAAGGCCAAGAGUGGCGAUAAUCGGCGCCGGGAUGGCCGGCCUCGCCGCCGCCAACAGGCUCCAAACCGCCGCUUCGCAUCUAUUAGACCUCGUCGUCGUGGAGGGCGGACCCCGAAUCGGCGGCCGCGUCAACUCUUCCGUGUUCUGCGGCGACCGAGUCGAACUCGGCGCCACCUGGAUCCACGGCAUCGAAGGCAGCCCGGUCCACAAAAUCGCUCGAGACAACAACUUGCUCCAUUCCCGCGGCCAGCCUUGGGAGUGGAUGCACGGGAUGCCUCAAGACCCCGUAACCCUAGCGGAAGGUACCCACGAGCUCGAUCCUUCUUUAGUCGAUCCGAUUUCAAAUCUUUUCCAAAAUCUCAUCAGUUACAUUCGAGGAAAAGCCGUCGAUGAAGACUGCGUCACCUCCGAAGUUGUGAAGCGCUUGGCCGGAAAAUACUCCGGCGCCGGAAAUAAUAGCGUCGGUUCUUUUCUUAGAGACGGUUUGGAUGCUUACUGGGAAAUUACGAAAGAUCAGAAAGAUACUGCUGGUGAUUUGAGUAGAAGAUCUCUGGAAGAAGGGGUUUUCCGUUUGCUUGAGAAUAUGCAGAGGAGUUAUUCAGCCUCGGACGAUUUGGGGGCUCUUGAUUUUAACGCGGAGAGGGUUUACCGGAUGCUGCCAGGGGAGGAGAUUACUAUAGCUGGUGGAUACUCGGGCGUGAUUGAGUUCCUGGCACGGGCUUUGCCUGCAGGGACCAUACAACUGAAUAUGAAGGUGGAUAAAAUCGAAUGGCAGCUUGGCGAUGAAGAUAGUCGUGAAUGUGGGCCAGUUAAGCUGCAUUUUAGCAAUGGGUCGGUUCUUACAGCCGAUCAUGUGAUAGUUACGGUUUCUCUUGGGGUUCUCAAGCGUGGGAUUAUUCCAGGUCAGGACUUGUUUAGUCCGCCAUUGCCUGAUAUCAAGAACCAAGCAAUUUCGAGGCUCGGGUAUGGGCUCGUGAACAAGGUGUUCCUGCAAGUGGUUGAUUGUAACAAUCAAUUGGGAGACAAUGACUUGGAGUUACCGUUUUUGCAAAUGGUUUUUCACAGUCGGGAUUCGAAGCUUAGGGACCCUGAGAUUCCUGAUUGGAUUAGGAAGACUCCAUUGUUGUACCCAAUUUACAGGAAUUCGAGAGUUUUGCUGUCCUGGUUUGCGGGGAAAGAGGCCCUUGAGCUUGAAUCCCUUGGCGAGGAUGAGAUAACCAAAGGGUUCUCGAUAACCACCUCCAAAUUGUUGCCGGCAAAAUCAAAUGGCUUAAUUAUGCCGACUAACUGUCGAAAAUCUUGCAGGGUCCCUGAUGGGAGAAUUUUGAGGUUUGGGAAUGUUUUGAGAAGCCGAUGGGGCUCGGAUCCUCUCUUCUUGGGAUCAUACAGCUAUGUGGCGGUUGGGUCGAGUUUAGAUGAUAUGGAUGUAUUGGCAGAGCCAUUGCCAGAAAACAAGAACAAUCUCGAUUCGACUAAAAAACUGCAAAUUCUAUUUGCAGGUGAAGCCACAGACAGAACACAUUAUUCGACUACUCAUGGCGCUUACUUUAGCGGGCUUAGAGAAGCUGAUAGGCUUCUUGAACAUUAUAAUUGUGCUGUCCUAUGA